AAUCUGCCAUUUUGACAGAAGGUGACCGUAAAUCAGGACUUUUUCGUUUCCGUUAAAGGUGAGUUGCAAUUUGGCGACAAAUUUUCACAAGGGGCAAAACCGCAAAACAUAAAAAAAAACUGAAAACAUGCCGGGCGUUACCGUGAAGGACAUCGAUCAGCACGUUAUUACCAAGACCUUGGCUGCUUAUUUGAAGAAGUCUGGAAAAGUUGUGGUGCCAGAACAAGCCGACUACAUCAAAACGGCCAAGUUCAAGGAGACGGCUCCCACCGAGGCAGACUGGUUCUAUACGCGUUGCGCCUCCAUAAUGCGCCACUUGUAUAUCCGUAGCCCAUCUGGAGUGGCUGCUUUCACCAAAAUUUACGGUGGGCGCAAGCGCAACGGAGUGCGUCCUUCUGACUACUGUCGCUCUUCGGACGGAUGUAUUCGGAAGGCUUUUCAGGCUUUGGAGGCGGCUCGCAUGGUGGAGAAGCACCCCGACGGCGGCCGCAAACUGACGCCCAAUGGCCAGCGCGACAUGGAUCGCUUGGCUAACCAAAUUGUGGCCAAGCAGCGCCAGGCCAGCUACCAGCAGAACACCGUGAUAUUAACUUCUUAAACAACAUAAGUACAAACAUAUCUAAAAUUAGCGCUGGGCGCUUUAAAAUACAAAUACAAAUAUGAACAUGA